CUUCAGUUCUUGGCCAAUGGUAAAUUGGAGAAAUUGAAAACUCAGAGAAGAGCUUCCUGUCAGAGGCCUGAGAAAGUUUCACAUCAGUUUCAACUAACCAUGCUCCAGGUGUCCAGCAGUGGGGACAAUAUGGUGGAAUGCCAGUUGGAAACCCAUAGCAACAAGAUGGUCACAUUUAAGUUUGACAUUGAAGGGGAUGCACCUGAGGACAUAGCAGAUUACAUGGUGGAGGAGGACUUUGUUCUUGAUGUGGAGAAAGAGCAAUUUGUUGAGGAGCUUAGAACAAUAGUUAAGAAAGCCCACGAAAUUCUUCAAACACAUUCGCAGACUGGAUCAACUGACCAGCUUCAUGUGGGCACCCCCACCACCACGGACUCAGCGCCCCACUCCUCCCCGGUGGGCCGCUGGCGAUUUUUUAUCAACCAGACCAUCCGCCAUAGAGACUCCCUUUCCAGCCAAGGAGCAGCCACACCACUGUCAACUACAGAAACAAGGAUUCCCCUGUCUCCUCAAACAGAGAAAGGUGAGCUCCACCAAGAAAGUGAAGGAUUCCAAAGUCUGGAGUCCUUGACUGGAAGGGCCUCUCCCCCCUGCCCCACCCUUUCUGCUACCUCCCCACCAGUCUCCACUGUCUCAGCUCCUGCCUCCAUAUCCCCCCCAGUCACGACAACCCAUGGCCCCCUCACCACUGCCUCUGAAAGCAUCUCUGCACCAGCCUCUACUCUGGAAGCCUCUGUCCCUGUCACUGCUUCAGGUGGUCUGGAACUGACAGUCAUCCCCUCAGCUCCUGCUAACCAGAUUUCCAGUGCUUCAUCAUCCAUAUUAAUACCUGCUGCCUCUAACCUCCCCCCCUUGUCCACUGCCGUUCUUCAUGACAUCCUCUCUUCUCCUGGAACCAGUGAUUGUUCCACUGGGGGUCAAAAUAUAGGGGAUGCAGUGCUAACUGCUCCAGGGCCAUGUGUGUCCACAGUGGACCAGUCCUCAACCUCUUUUAAUUCCCCUCCUCCUGCUACUGCAGUGACCUCUUCAGCAGGAAGCCAAGCUGGCAAGGAGCAACAACAGACACUUGCCCAGGUGGCCAAACCAGUCCCACAACAACCUCAACAACCACAACUACUGUUGCAGCAGCAGAUACCAGUAGUUCCGCAGCAACUUCAGACAAUGCAGCUUGAACUGCAGGCACAGCAGAUACAGCGUGCAACACCACAACAGCAAACACAACAUCAAGUUUGCCAAGAACAAAUUCAGCUGCAGCAGUCUCUCCAGCACAUGCAGCAACAGCAACUCAUGCAGAAACAAAUCCCACUUCAACAAAAGGUGACUGAGAUGCAGGUGUUGCCUCAGCCAGGUCACCCAGAGGUGUUACAACAGUCUGUGCCUCUGCAGCAGUUUCUGCCCCCAGGGCACAUACAGCAGGCCCAACAACCCCUUCUUCAACAGCAAACCGCACAGUGUGCUCCACAGCUGCUGCAGCAGCCUCAGUUGCAGCAGCUACCUCAGCAGGUUAUGGCACCACUUGCUGCUGCAGUGCCGCAACAGCAGGCCCACAUUGAUCAUCUGCAGCAGCAACAGUUAAACCUGCAACAGACUAUACACUUACAGCAACAGCAGUUACAGCAGCAUCAGCUGUUUAUGGGUACUGUGGCGUUAAAGUCAGAUCAAGACCAAAUGUUGCCCCUGUCAAUAAGUCAACAGUUUCUUCAACAACAGGUGCCACUAAAUGUUGGCUUUGUACCACAACAGCAGAUUCCACAGCAAACCCAAAUCUCUGCAGAGCUGGCACAACAACAUAUUCAGUCACAGAAACAGCCAAUACAUGUUGAGCAACAACAGGAUGUUGUUAAAGCUGUGGACACACCCCAGAAACAGCAGCAGUUUCCUCUGCAGAAGCAGUCGUCUUUACAGAUGUCAGAGUCAGAGAUGUCAACGGGGGAGACGAGUGUCACAGAGGACACAGGCAGCUACUCUGCCUAUUUUCACCCUUCCUCUGACUCGUCUCUGCCGCCUCUCCAUCUGGGCAGUGCUGAAGCCUCCUUGCCCGCUCUCCCCCUAACACUGACACCAUCCCCUGCUCAGCCUUCCUCUGUUGCCGAGUCAGACAGUGAAGGCCCGCCCAAAAUUGAAUUUGUAGAUAACCGCAUAAAGACUCUGGAUGAAAAGCUUAGAAACCUGUUGUAUCAGGAGUACAGCAGUGGGGCAGCGUUGACCGGAGGAGCUGCCUCCGGCCCAACAUCAGCUGCCUCCACAUCAGCAGGAGGAGACGAGUCAUCUGAGCCGCUAUCACUCCACCACUUGUCUUUCCCCCCACCUGACUCCUCCUCAGAUACUUCCCCCCACUCCACGUCCUCCACUACCUCUUCCACCACCUCCCGCUCCUCCUCCACCUCCCCUGACCCAGAGAGGGAUGGGGGGCAAGACGACGCCUUCUCAGAAGUGCCCAAGUCUGCUGGGCCGUGGGCGGUGGAGCAGCAGCCCGGGCCAUGUCUCCCCUCCACCUCUGCGUCAUCGACCCCACCUACCUCUCUUCUGCCUCCUAAUCAGGAUGACUCUGCUGGGCUCCAACGCCCACCUGUACCAGGAGAACCAACCAUUCUUGCUGUACCCCCACAAUCUGAUACCAGUACCACUGGAGACGCAUCGUGGCCUCCCAAUCAGCAGCCGAUCCCCCUCCGGCAUGGACAGCAGCAGCACAAUGCAGGAGGUGGAUAUUUUGGCCUAAACCUGACAUGUCCUAGUAUCAGAAAUCCUGUUAGCAAGAAAUCCUGGACUCGCAAAUUCAAAAACUGGGCGUGCAAACUGCGCCACUCCGCCAGCUUGUUCAAGAAGCCCAGAGUCCAGCAAGAAGGACGUUCUACCCGUCAAGAACUUAGAGAGGAGAAGGAGGCACCAUCCAUGAAUCCACCUCAGUCACGGAAAGGACGAUUUCAGGUGACUCCAGUGCUCCAGACCUCUCCCCCUAAGGAGGUGCCAUCAGGUCAUGGUAGCACUCAUAGGAAAGUGGGACGCUUCUCUGUAACCCAGACUGAGACAAAGAAAGAGGAUGGGCUGACUGUUAGCUCCCCGCUGUCUAUACACUUGGAAAGGGAGAGGAGGAGAUCUCGGGCAAAGGAAGGAGAGAAAGAUGAAAGUAAGAAGACCCCAGUGCUGGCCCAUCCGCCUCGGGGUCAUGGACACAGCCACUCACCGCUGGGCAGCAGCGAUGAUGAUGCUGAGAGUGAGCUGGAGGAGGAAGACCUGAAAAAAGAGCUACACAAGCUCAGAGAGAAGCACAUCAAAGAGGUGGUUUCCCUUCAGGCUCAGCAGAACAGAGAGUUGCAGGAACUUUACAGACAACUACGAUCAUUCAAAGACCAACGGCAGAGUCUGCCUGCCUCCCUUUCCCGAACCCCUUCUCUUCCCAUGGCAGCUCCUCUCCUCUCUCCUCGCAGGCCCAGGCCAGGCAAAAUCAAGCUCCGGCCCCGGCCUCACUCUCAUAUGGAUAACAACGGAGUUACGCACUCUGGGAUUCAACAGUCAAGUAGUUUCUCUGGUGGUGAGCAGAAUAGACUGCCCCUAUACUGCAACCCUGAGCACCCCCCAUCACUGCCUGUUAAAAGAGAUCAAAGCCCUCUAAGAAAAAGCACAUUCACUGAUGAACUGCACAAACUUGUUGAUAAUUGGACGAAGGAGACGGUGGGCGCCAUCCCACCAAAACCUUCUCUGAAUCAGAUCAAGCAGAUUCAGCAGGUGCAGGAGUUGGGAGGCUGGAGCCAGCCGACUGAGGUGGCUCCACCAGGUUGGUUUCCUGUGGCACCACUGAACCCUCAGGCAUCCCCGACCCCUGCCAGCUUGCCUGUGGCGGCCCCUUCUCAUUACACAGGUGGAGGGAGCCUGUCCACCCUGCCCUCUCCAGGACCUCCGCCACAAACGCACGUGGCUCAUGCACCACAGAUGCAGCCAAAUUUAAACCUGCAUCAGUCUCUCCCCCUCCAGCAGAUGACCUAUCAGCAGUCACCGCUUCGCCAGCAGAUUCCGCAGCCCCGGAUGCAAACUUCCGUGCAGUCUCAGUCUUCACCGCAGACCCAGCCCAUUACCCAGCUGCCCCACUCACCACCUCAAAGCCAGCCACUGCUGCCUUCUCAAAUGCCCACAUCUCCAGUGUCCACGGCCACAUCUCUGCUGCCCGGCAGUGGGACUGCUGCACCCACAGAUAGUACUGCUGCUACUGGGGGGACAUUUUGCUCCUGCUCCUCUUCCACCUGUUGCUCCUCUUGCUCUACUGCUGCUCUACCUUCCAGUGCCAAAAUUCACCCAACACCCCCAACCUCGACUCUUCCUCUCGGACAGAAAUGAAACCAAGGUGAAGUGUGAGGUCAAUAUGAAGGUGCAAGAGAUUGAAGUACGAAGUUGGUCAGGAUGUAAAACAGAUAUGGAGUGUUAGUUCUGCGUAUACAUGACCGAGGUGUGACUGCAAUGAAUUUAUGGAUACCAGUGUAUGUGAGGGAUGAUAGAUUCUAGUAUGUACAAAACAGACGGUAAUAAGGGGAACACAGAAGCUGGGGUUUAUGGUUCACGGUAUGUUUGGGUGUUAAGAUGUAAAAAUUCUUUAAUGUAUGAGUGUGUGCUUUUAUGAGUGUGGGUGGGUGUAUGUGGAUUAUCUAAGUACAUAUCUCUGAUGUCCUUUGGCAUAAAUUAAUGUUAAUUGUUUUGUUUUAAAACCAACUCAGUUGGACCUGAAUUCUCCCAGAGCAGAGACAAGAGGGUCAAACUGUUUGACAGUGUGUUGACAUUUAUUGUUUGUCUUAUCAAUGCUUACAGUAAAAGGACUAUCAAUUUUAAAAGUGCAAUUAGUAAUGGUCAUCGAAAUUGAUCAGCAUGUGUUGUAAUGAUUUGUCUGUAAGGCAUAAAAUAUUUUUGUAAAAGCACAUUAAAGAAAACCAGACGCAUAGAGCAUUUUUCCAUGAUCUUUACAUGAUCUUUUAAAACUUUAGGCCUACAGCACAAGGUGUUUAAAUGGGCAACAAAAACUAAACUAAGCGGCAGCAUGUUACACAAAAGAGCACGGUUAAGUUAUCUGGCCAUCAUCGUUACCACAAUACGACCAAAUACAUUGUGUGUUGUGCACCAUACAGCAUGUGCUCAUCUUUUUAUUAUUUUAUGUUUGUAACAUAGAAGCAGACUUAAUAACCGUAAGUGAUGAUAUAAAGUCUGAUUGAUUCUUAAUAUGAAGGCAAAUUGAAAUUAAAAAGACUACAUGACCUCAUAACUAACUUGACUUGCCUGAGUGCAAACUGCUUGCACUUGCUAUAUUCAUGAAUCUCACUUUUACUGUUUGCAGCUCACUGAGAAAAAUAAUCAGUCAUGAGUCAACUGGCAUUUAGGAUGACCUGCUUUAACAUUUGACAUUUUUGUUUUCAGUUGUGGCUCCACAUAUCACAGUAUAUCACAUUCUGAGGUAGAGAACAAAAAAAAAGAACUGCCAAGUUAUUAAAGACUGGUGAGACCAUAUGGGCGAUUCCCAUACUGCCUUUUAAAGUGACUGCAUUUUUGUGAGUGUGUGAGUGUUUAUUUGUUGUGUGACAAUGCUUUGUGGUAGUCUCAUGGUACAUUGCAAUAUAGACUGCAUCCCUGUUUCUUUUAUUCAAAGCGGCCUCUCAAAUGUCACCGUACCCAAAUGAAGAUGUUUACCUUGCCUAUGUCUUGGGCUUGUUUCCUCAACAAAUAAAACAAGUGAGACUUAAGACCAUUUGCCAGUUGUAAGCUUAAUGUCCAACACUAUUGUGGCAUCCUCACUUGCCUAUUUGUCCACUUUGUUUGCUGUUGUACAUUUUCCUUAUUUCAAUUGUAAACUACCUUCAAAAGUAGUCGUCAACCACAUCUUUCAGAAGAGGAACUGCAGGUCAUAAUUGUGCGUUAUGCACUGCAAAAGGUUUACUCAAGUCAAAAUGUUCCAUUCCUCUAUUUCCAAACUCACUUCAUUUGUAGUCGCAGAAUAAACAGAGUAAUACAUCAGGAGCAGAUAUAUAUCUGUACAUUUUAUUGGGUUGUCAGUGUGCUUAGCCAUUCACACAUGACCAUUGAUAGUCAGCCAUUAUGAUUUUUUUGGCUUAAUAAGUAGCCUGUAGUCGAAGUAGCAUUUCUGUUUUAUUAUUGAUAGAGAGAUGGUUUGCCACAGAAACCGGACAUUGUGUAGGUUGUAAAAGACUGCUACAUGUGAGUCAAAGAGAUUUAAAAAACAUGGAUGCUUAAAGACUACUCUAUGCUAAAGGGUAUGGUUGUUCAGAAAUUACAGUUGCAUUAUCUAGAGUUUAACAAAUGGUUUUCUGUAUUUGUUGCUUUCCAAGACAACCCACAUUUUCACAGCGAUGUAGUCCAUUAUUAGUGAAGGUGAGAAACUGUGCUGUCAUGUCUGAUACUAACAUGUUGACCACAAGCUACAGCUCAAUGAUCAUGACUCAUGAUGUGGAGCUGGCUUUGUCCUUGAAGUGUUACCAAAAUGUUAUCUAAAAGAUAAAGAUUAUUUUUGUAUUUUGAACUGGGGUUGUACAAAUUGUAAAACUGUAGAAAACACUGGUUUUCAUCGCUGUUUACAUGGGACUCCCCUUCCCUUUGAUAUACCUCUCUGACAGGCCAGGGUCGUUAUAGGUCAUAUUCAGAGAAUUUUUGGUCAUUUUUAACUUCUUAUAUCAGUUCAGAAAACCUGGAUGAUACACAACAGAAUGAAAUGAGCUACUAAGAUUUAGAUUAAAUAUAAUAAACCUCCAAAUUAAUGCAACAAACACCUGGGGGAGUCCCAAAUGGCAUGAAUGAGAACCAAUAAAAACAUUUUUGGGCAAAGAAACCUAGAAAAUAAGGUAUGUUUCUGGUGAUUUAGCCUCUGUAAAUUGUAACUAAUUCGACUGUUGAUUUUAUUUAUGUUUUGUAACUAAUCAAAAUAAA